CUAUUUCCCCAUAACCCCAGAAAUCCCACUUGAAAUUUCUUCUUUUUUCCCCAUUUUAUUUUCCCCAUACCAUUUCUCCCCUACCCCGAUUCCCUUUAUUUCCGCCCCGAAUUUCUGCAAAUCUGCAGCCUUCUGCAUCUCCUCAAAAGGUUAUAGCAGAAGGAGGUCUCGAACUAGCAGGUAAAGUGGUACAAAUUCAUGGAGUCCUUAUGGAUACCCCACGCCACCACAAUCUGCAUAUCCUCAACAAAAUUAUUACUACACGUCGCAACAUCCUAGUUAUGCACCACCGCCUUCAUAUAAUUAUAUAUCGCAAUCGCCUGGGUGUGUACAUAGGACUAUGGAGAGGAAAUACUCAAGGAUAUAUGAUAACUACCAGACAUUGGACCAGUAAAUUUGAUUAUGCUGUGUAGGCCAAUACUUAUGGGACAGCAGUGCCACUCAAAAUGGAUCUCGAUAGCCAAAUUCUCUCGCGGGGCACCAGGCUUUGAUCUGCUUUUGUAAUUCAUCCAAAAUUCUUGUUUUUGAUAAUGUUGAACAAAUUAGCAGCAGAACCAAAUGCAUGAAGCUUUAAGCAAACAGACUAUAUCUAUACACUAGUACUGAUAUCAAGGUAAAUGGACUUCUUGGAUCCUGUGUAGGCAUUGUGUUUAUCUAGCUCAACCAUUUCUAUGCUUGUGAAUGGAAACUGAGCAAGCGGAUUCUCACAAAAUGGAUUUUAACGCGACGGAGGAAGAGGAAUUUGGAUUCUCAAGAAACUAUUUCUUAGCAAAAGAAAUGGGCAGUUCUGGGAAGAAAUCUGCUCGUAAACUCAGUGAUAUCAACGUCGUUGACGAACAGGAACUUAGAGAAGCUUCAGCUAAUAUUGAACCAAAGCAUCAAAACGACAUUGCAGAUUUAAUAAAUAGUUACAAAAGUUUAUACCCAAAAUGGGUUUUUAAUCUCAGAUGUGGUUUUGGUCUUCUAAUGUAUGAAUCAGAAGUGCAUUUCUAUUCUUCUAUUUGUAGUUAAGAUUUAAAACUGAAGACAAAGCAAGGAGACUUCUAAGUAAUGUGCCAUUUUUUUUGAAACCAAGGGGUUAUUUUUUCGGUAUUACUCCUAAAAAAGUGAUUGCCAAAAACUGUUGUUUCGGGAUUUGUGUAUUUUUCUUUUUUUUUUUCUUGUGGUU